UUUGUUACAGCACUCACAGCCAGUGUAUCAUCAGACUCCUCGCCACAGCUGGCGCAGUGGGGCUCGUCAAUAGACGCGCUGAUGCAGCGACUGCAGCGAGACUCCUGGGAGCGCGAGGAAGCGCCAUGCUUGCAGAGCACGCUCACACUCUUGCACAAUGUCAAGAACCAUACGCUGUGGGCUUCUUGGAUUUGGAACGCCAACACGGUACCCACUGGGAACCUGUUCGGUUCGCUGACGAACUUCGGUAACUUCGACCAGUGCCUGAAGCCGCCCUGGCUGCGCACACAUCCUCACUUCAGGACCAAGUACUGCGUCGCGAGACUCACGCUCACUAAUCACAAGAAGACUGUACCUCAGUAUGAUCCUUAUGGGUCUGUGGAAGAGUAUCUCAAUUCUCCGACAACAUCGGGUCUGCCAUCGAAUGAGCUAGUAUGGGGACUAUGCGUGCCGGCGUCGUGCGGCGCUCGCGGCGCGGCGCGGCUCGGCGCGGCGAUGUGUGACGUCACCGCGUGCGCACCCCACGCGCCCAACGUCACCGUCGAUCACUGCCAAACUGCUGGAGAUAAUACUCCGUAUACUGCUGGGUUCUAUGUCUUUAUAACAAUAUUAGUAUUGGCAAUAGUCACAGCUGUGGUUUCAACAUGUUAUCGAAUGCAAACACCAAAUGAUGAGACUUCAGUGUGUUUGGAUGAUGAUCCCUGUCUACAAACAAUAAUAACAGAAUCGUUCGACAUCAGAAGGAAUUACGCAGACCUAGUGAAGGAGAAUAAGCAUGAGAUUCGAAUAUUGAACGGGAUACGGUUCAUAGUGGCGACGGCUGUUAUAGCUAUACAUGAAUUGUUCUAUGCACUGAUGCUGGGAAUUGUUAAUACUAGAGACUUUAAUACGGCUAUCGAAGGUCCAACAGGCUUCCUUCUUCAUGCAGAUGUGGUGGUAGAUACGUUCUUCGCGAUGUCUGGUCUACUGUAUAUAAAAAAUCUUUUGGCUAACUCUUACAAGAAUAAAAAUCUAUUCGUAGUUUUGUGGAAGCGUUAUGUGAGAUUAAUAGGAGCUUUUUCCGUGGUGAUAUUCUACCUGUGUUCGGUGUCAGACUUCACGGGGUCUGGUCCCCAUUGGCCUCAGUUCAGUCAGUUCGAGCCAGAAGUCUGUCGCAGGACUUGGAGGAAGAGUUUGCUUAUGCUCAGCACUAGGGUUGAUGAUAUGUGUGAUCUGGUGACCUGGUACAUACCAUGUGACUACCAACUCGGGAUCCUGGCGACAGUUCUCUUCUACUUCUACAAGAAGGACAGAAGACUUGGUCUAGCUGCUUUCGGGACUUCUGCAGUCUUGUCACUGAUUAUUCCAGGUGUUCUGACGUAUUGGUUCCGAUUACCGGUCGUGCAUUUUGCUAAUGUUGGGAAAUGGUACCUCACAUAUCGUGACUACUGGGAAGUUAGCUACACUUACAUGGCGAGCUACAGCCGCGCUGGUGCUUACCUGGUUGGAGUGGCCAUGGGCUACCUCAUGACUCUCUACAAACCUGAUGACUAUAGGAAGACUGUGUCUCAGUUCUGGUCAAUACUAGGAGUAGCAGUAUCCCUCCUAUCUAUGGUGUCUGUAUUCUCAUUGGGCUGGUACUACUUACUGAAGGAGUAUGAACCAUUAGAAGCGGCUGUGGUAGCAGCUACCAACAGGGUUGUUUGGGCGACGGCUAUCUGCUGUAUUGUUGGACUUUGUGAAUAUGGGAUUGUUCCAUUUAUCCCGGAUCUACUAAGCCAAUCAAUAUUCACGCCACUAAGCCGUCUCUCCUACGGUAUCUACAUGAUACAUCCUCUGCUUAUACAACGGAGGAUCUUCGCUAAACGAGGACCUAUGACGUUUGAUGGGCUUGCGAUGGUUACAGACACGUUUGGAGACUUGACAUUGGCGACAGGUCUUAGUUUCGCGAUGUGGCUGUUCAUUGAAGCUCCUUUUAUUAAUUUGUGUAAUCAUCUGCUAUUUAAUAAGUGAGUUUACCGUCUUUAUUUCUCUGUCUUUAUUAAUAUUA